AUGCGUGCCAACGGCAGCCCGUAUGAGAGCAGCCCGAACGUCGGCUACUCGCACAACAGCUCAGCUAUGAUGGAGCCCGCCGUGACAUACCCCUCCGGCGCAAUCGCCUUGUCUCAGUGGGAUUCCUUCCUGCCUCAAGGUGUUGCCGACGCCAAGGCGCACUCCAUCUCGUCCAGUGCAUCCGGUUCUUUCGAGUCGCAGCCACCGUUCGCCAGCGGAAGCGCAAUCCAGCCGCAUCCCCACCAGUUGCCUCCCAUCAACGGUCAGAAUGUGAAUGGCCUCGUCCCCGCCUUGCAGUCCAUGAUCAACUCGCUACCGCCAUCUGUGUCGGGCACUCCCACUCCUCAUGUGCCGCAGAACAGUGAGGCCCUCCAGGCUCCAGCAGGCUUCAAGACUCCUCAGGUCAUUAGCGACGAAGAGCGUAAUAUGAUCUUGGACAACAUUCGUGGUGACGACAACGAACAUGCUAUCCCAGACGGCUUCAGACUGCCAAGCCUAGCCUCCCUCAACCGAUACCUGGCCACCUACUUCAGCAUGUUCCACCAUCAUCUGCCGUUCUUGCAUCCUGCUUCCUUCGAGCCGACUCGAGUGUCACCGCCGUUGCUCCUUGCUGCGCUGUCCAUCGGUGCCCUCUAUGCAUUCGAUCAAGAGCAGGCAUACAUGCUUCACAUCGGCUCUAAAGUUCUCGUCAAUCAGUUUUUGCAGAACAAGGAGAACUUUAGCUCACGGAAAUGUCCCUUGUGGACCAUGCAAGCCUCUUUGCUGAACAUGAUCUUCGCAAGCUGGAGUGGUGAUCCGAAGGGCCUUGAGUGGGCUUGCUCCAUCAAGAGCCUGCUCGCCAACAUGGUCGCUGGCAACCGUUAUGAACUGAAGUUGAGACAGGAGGCACGUGAGGGUCGCUCUCCCACUCGCAGCGAGUGGGUCGAAGAUGAGGGCUGCAGACGCACCUACUAUGCGGUCUACAUCUUCUUUGGUCUGUUGACUCUUACGUACAAUCAUACACCAGCCAUCAGCUUUAACGAGUUCGAGGACCUGCAACUGCCGUCGACCGAGGCUCUCUGGAACCUCAAGGUAUCUGACGAGGCCGCAUGGCAGGAUCAGCUCAAGCUUUCGCCCGGUGUCACAUUCAUGGAUGCCCACGACAACCUCUUCCAAGGCGAAACGUUGAAGUACAGCUCUUUUGCGACACGCGUCAUGAUCAAUGCUCUGUUCCUCGAGGUCUGGUACCACAAGCGCAGCCCCGAGGCUUUACAGGAUGUGGUCACGGAAUACAAGCUGAGGCUUGCUUUGGAGACAUGGGAGAAAUCCCUAGAGCUCUGUGAGCCCGAGGCGGUGACUGUUCCACUCAGCGCGCCCCAUAAGGGUCAUCCGCUCAUCUUCAACGCGAAAGCCAUGUUCCGCAAUGCUCGCGCACGGCUAGAGGUGGAUCUCAAGGCAGUGCAAGAGGCUCUCCGGUAUCACGAUUCUUAUGAAGUUGCGGCGGCGAUGUCGAAUGCACGGGACCGAGUCAAGCGCUCAAGCGAGAUGAUUAAGGUCAUUCAAGAAUGUUACAACUGCAUUGAGACUGCUGUUCUUCAGGGAGUCCGCUGGGUCGCUCGUACGUCUCCGACGAACUGGAGCAUUGAGCAUCCUCUCUGCGGUAUGGACCUCAUGAUUGUUCUAAGCCUGUGGCUCUACCGUCUGGAACAUGACGAAGAGCCCGCUACAGAGGAGGAGCUUGUCAUGUACAACAAGGUCCGACAGCUCUUCGAGAAGGACCUGGAUGAGAGCUACAUGUCUCAAUUGAGCUCAGUGGUGGCUCGUCUUUGGGGCUCGAUGCUCGACGAGGUUGUAGUCUGGGGAAUCACCAGACUCAUGGGUGAAUCCUUCCGGCUGCACUCGCAGGCCCUGGUCGGCUAUGUGGAUGACAUUGAGGCGUCCUCCAGUGUCUCUACUCCUUCGAUGAUCUCGCAAGGGGCCGAUGAGGACAGCGUGUACUAG